AUGUUUCCUGACUUUCAAGUGGUGAGCUACAAGUACAAUGCGGUCAAGACGCUGCGGACGGCCCAUCCCAAGACAUGGGAUAUCCAGGAAGUGAAGAACUUGCACUUCAUUUUGACCAAGCCGUGGAACGUCGACCCGUCUGACCCCGCCCAAAUCGACCCUUUCUUUGACCUGUACGAGUUUUGGUGGGCUGCUCGUGACGAUGCUGCCGCCGUAGCGUCCCUGAGUUCUAAAGGAAGUCGGCCAUAAACGUGGAGAAGUCAAUGAUGUUGGUGUUGUCU